UUUUUUUGUUGAGAUUCUUAUCUCUGUUUAUAUUUUUUUAUUUAUACAAAACCAAAAGUAAAUAGUAGAUUGCAGACAUGUGUCCGACUAAAGAGCUUACGGCACGAAUUAUCCUCUCAGAUAUUGAGGGCACAACUACAUCAAUUAGUUUUGUGAAAGACAAACUCUUUCCAUAUGCUAAAUCGCACAGAAAAGGAUACCUGGAGCAGACCUGGAUUAGCAAGGAAACCAGCGAAAUUGUUCAAGACUUACUAGAGCUGCCUGAAUUUGAAGCGUAUAGCAAUGAAAAUCCUCAUCUGGGAGAAGAAUCGUUUGGCAUAUCUACAGUAAGCGAUUUUGUAAACUACCUUAUUGAUAAAGACUUGAAACUGGGACCUCUAAAGAGAUUACAAGGAUUGGUGUGGGAAAAGGGGUACAACUGUGGUGACAUUAAAGGCCAUGUUUAUUCGGAUGUGCCGGCAGCCUUUAAACGGUGGAAGGAAUCAGGAUUACGCUUGGCAAUCUACUCUAGUGGCAGCAUAAAAGCUCAGCAACUUCUUUUCGGGCAAAGUGACUUUGGCGACCUGCUGCCAUACAUUAACGGCCAUUUCGAUACGACUAGUGGCCAUAAACAAGAAACACAGUCGUAUACAAACAUUACCAAAGAUUUGGGCGAGGACCCAGCAGAUAUUCUAUUUCUAACCGAUGUAAUAAAAGAGGCUGAAGCAGCACGUCAGGCUGGUUUACAAACUGUUAUACUCUCAAGGCCGGGCAAUGCCCCAUUGACAGACGAUGAUAAAUCACAAUUCACAAUUGUCGAAGAUUUUGAAAAGCUCAACGUUAAGCUCAAACAAAAAUAAACAUUAUUGAAUGAAUUUGAUCAAUUUGAUAAGUGCUUACUCAGAACAUCAUACACAGAACAUCAUCACAUACAGAAAAUAAAAAUCGGUUUCAGUCACCUAA